AUGAGAAAUAUCCUUAUAGUUUGUUGCUGUUGGAUUUUGAGCAGUGAAAGGAGUUGUGUGGAGGGACAAGUGGAUCCGAAUGGGUUGUGGAAACAGAUAAUUCAGUGGGAGAAUAACGGGCAUGUGUACAGCUUAUUGAACAGCGGCCCGGCUUACCGACAACCCACUCGCCUCAGCGGAGCGGGGCAGCAGAGCAUCUACCUGAGCAGCAAUGUCGAGAUCCCGCAGAGAAGCGGCCGGCUUCCAGCUCGCUACCCUGUCAACGCCGUCCCAUCUGGGAUCAUCCCUGAGCCGCGGCGGUAUCCACAGCGCCCAGGGAGAACGACUACAUCCCGCCACUUUCAGGGAUCCCGGGCUGUCAAUUUAACGCAGGGAAUCCCUCGGGGUGGACACAAUCCCCGGACUGGCUACAGCCUCGUCUCACCGGGGGUACGGGUGGCAAGUGCUGGCAGGUCGUCCGACAUACAAUCAGACGAUCCGCGGAAUCCCUUCGAAAACGCUAACAGCGUGUUUUACAAUGUCUAUUCUUCGUCUUCACGGUCUUCCUGGCCUGGGACACGGAGGAGGAUGGGCUAUGGGACCAGAUACUUCCAGAAUGGACUUCCUGACUUAGUUCCUGAUCCCUUUUAUAUUCAAGCUUCUAUAUAUAUCCAAAGGGUGCAUAUGUAUGCACUGAAGUGCGCAGCUGAAGAAAAUUGCCUCUCAAGGUCUGCAUACAGUCCCAGAGUGAAUGACCUCAGCAUUAGGGUACUCCUAAGGUUCCCCCAAAGGGUCAAGAAUCAAGGAACUGCUGAUUUCCUCCCCAACAGGCCACGCCACACCUGGGAAUGGCACAGUUGUCACCAGCACUAUCACAGCAUGGAUCAGUUCAGCCAUUAUGAUCUGUUAGAGGCGAUGACACAGAGAAAAGUAGCUGAAGGACACAAAGCUAGCUUCUGUCUAGAAGAUACGAUGUGUGACCCUGGCAUUCGAAGGAGAUAUGCAUGUACAGCCCAUACUCAGGGGUUAGGUCCUGGAUGUUAUGAUACGUACAACGCGGACAUUGACUGUCAGUGGAUUGACAUUACAGAUGUUGCUCCUGGCAACUACAUAUUGAAGGUUUCAGUAAAUCCAGGAUUCUUGGUACCAGAGUCAGAUGUAACCAACAAUGUGGUUAGAUGUGAUAUACUUUAUACUGGGAGCUAUGUGUCAGCCAGAAAUUGCAGAAUUACAAGAUUCUGAGGAUGAGACCCAAUGAAUGGUCAGAAGUGUGUGAAUUCUCCUGCUUUUUGCUUCAGUUUUGUGUUUGUAUUUAACAGUUUAUGGUGGAAGUGAGCAAUUUUAUUCCUGCUUCGGAACCACAAAAUAUAUAUAUCAACUUACAAUAUUCGUUACACUUCUGCAGGGAGUUUUAUGAAAAACUAGAACUAAAAAAAUAGAAUUAAUCUAAUUUUGGGGUUCCAGAAUCAUGAUCUAUCUUGCUUUCUGUCCGUUUUUUAGCUCCUGCUGCAGUUUUCCUCCAAUGAUCUUUAAUAGAUGCAGAGA